UCGCAUUGCGCCAGACAACAUUGAAACAUAUCGUUAGAGCAUUUUAUAUUCGCGCUGUGUAUAAAAAAAAGCUUAAUCCUUAACGAUUUUAAAAAUCUUAAAAGUUUUAAAAUGCCGUUUGCACCAAAAGUUCCGCAUAUCGUUGGCGAUGAAAGUGACGAAGCAGAUGAAGAAAAUUCGGAAGUGUUGCCAGUAAUAACUGAGGGCAACAUUGCGCAAAAUCCAAUUGCUAACCAGCGAUCUGAAUCUGAUUCAUCUGAAACGAGUGGAGAGGACGAGACGGAUGACGAAGUGGACGAAAGUGAUAGCAGCUCGAAUGAUUGGUCAAUGGACGUUACCCAUAUUGCUCGUACACCUGAACGCCAUCGGUUAGUCGAAUCACCAGAUAUUGAAGCAAAUUCUAAUGAUACAGACAUGGAAGUCGAAGAUGCUAGGAACAAUGCAAACAAUGAAAGCAGUGAUUCGGAAUCUGACACAACUUCGGCAUUAAAUAAUCAAGUGACGGAAAAGACUUCUUUAAUGGUUGAUUCGCCUAAGAACAUGGACCCUGGUACACCGCCAGACAUUGAUAUGGAACAAAGUACCGGUGAUUUCUCUGAUAAUAGUGAUCAGCAGGAUCAGAAAGGCACUUUGGACUCGGAUUUGCAAAUAUCUUCAAGUAAUUCUGAUUCUGAUGCAACCAUUGGAGAAAAUGCUGAAUUAGAAAAGAAGAAAUUACCAACAUCAUCGACGUCCUCGCCUAUAGCCAUUGGUAAACUGCUACUGCCACGCACGCGUGUCCUCUCUGCGGCCGAUUACUCAACCCCACCCACCAUUGCUGGCCGAGUGGCCAAAAGAGGUCGACGUGGCACUAUCUUAAAUCCGCCCCUGAAGAGCGAAUUGGAGAAUAUGUUAGCCAAGCCUCUGGAUGUAACAAUGUACUUUCAAGAGUUAUCGGCUAAAUUAGUCAAAUCUCGUGUAAAGCUGAUGGCUUUUCUCGGACUUCGUAAUAACAUUGACAGUUUGGUUGAACAGGCCAUGAACUAAAAUGUAUUGCCUUAAUAUAGAAUGAAGGAUAUUAAUAAAAUAAUUGAAUUUAUUUCUUUA